ACAAGGCGCGUCCUCGAGGCUGUGCGCGCGCGCUCUCGAUGAUCUCGCCAUACAAAACAAAGCUCUCUGCGCCGCUUUCAUUCGGGGUUUUUACAGACUACAGGCAGGAUCUGCAUGCAGACGGAGAGGAAAAUCCUCCGGGGGGGAAAAUGGAUUUACAGCUAGUCUAAUAAGCCUUUGAUACCUGGAUCAGGGUAGUAAAAAUAACAGCAAAACAACAACAACAACAAAACGCCAGGAGGUCGUUGUUUUGAUCAUAUAGUGCUCUGAGUGCUUUGUCUUUGGCCGUUUACUGUUGCAAGCCAGCGUCUGGGGGGAAAUAAGCGAUCGCCAUGUUGUUACCAAAAGGGCUUCACUAAAGAAGGUGGACAUUGAAAGUGUGGAGGGAAUAAUAUCCUUUUAUUUCCCCCUCUCUCCAUCGUGGUCUCGCCGUUUUGCUGACUGUUUGUCCUCGGCGACAUGGCGGAGCAAAGCUACUCUUGGGCGUACUCCCUUGUCGACUCCAGCCAGGUGUCCACCUUCCUCAUUUCCAUCCUCCUCAUUGUCUAUGGCAGCUUCAGGUCGUUAAACAUGGACUGUGAGAACCAGGACAAGGACAAGGAUGGAAAUCCCACAGCCACCAGCUCUUUCAACAACACCAACUCUAACAACAGUAUUCAGACCAUCGACUCCACACAGGCUCUGUUCCUCCCAAUCGGAGCAUCUGUCUCGCUCCUAGUCAUGUUCUUCUUCUUCGAUUCGGUCCAGGUGGUCUUCACCAUCUGCACUGCAGUUCUGGCUACUAUAGCGUUUGCAUUCCUGCUGUUGCCGAUGUGCCAGUAUCUGACACGACCCUGCUCCCCACAGAACAAGAUUUCAUUUGGCUGCUGUGGCCGUUUCACGCUGGCUGAGCUGCUCUCCUUCUCCCUCUCGGUCAUGCUCGUCCUCAUCUGGGUGCUCACAGGACACUGGCUCCUCAUGGACGCGCUGGCGAUGGGUCUGUGUGUGGCGAUGAUUGCCUUUGUGAGAUUGCCCAGUCUGAAGGUGUCCUGCCUGCUCCUGUCUGGUCUGCUCAUCUAUGAUGUGUUCUGGGUCUUCUUCUCAGCUUACAUCUUUAACAGUAACGUGAUGGUGAAGGUGGCCACGCAGCCGGCUGAUAACCCGCUGGACGUUAUCUCCCGUAAGCUGCACCUGGGUCCCAGCAUGGGCCGGGACGUGCCACGCCUCUCGCUCCCAGGCAAGCUGGUGUUCCCGAGCUCCACGGGCAGCCACUUCUCCAUGCUGGGCAUCGGCGACAUCGUCAUGCCCGGCCUGCUGCUCUGCUUCGUGCUGCGCUACGACAAUUACAAAAAGCAGGCGAGUGGCGAGGCACAGAGCCCCGCCAACAUGUCCGGGCGCAUGCAGCGCGUCUCCUACUUCCACUGCACCCUCAUCGGCUACUUCGUGGGUCUGCUGACUGCGACUGUGGCGUCUCGGAUUCACCGUGCAGCGCAGCCCGCUCUGCUCUACCUGGUGCCCUUCACCCUGCUGCCUCUGCUCACCAUGGCCUACCUGAAGGGCGAUCUGCGGCGCAUGUGGUCUGAGCCUUUCCAUGCCAAGUCCAGCAGCUCCCGGUUCAUGGACGUAUGAUGGCCAUGAGCGAGACGGGCAGCAUUCACUUCAACUCAUCCCCAACACACACAGGGAGAGGGAGAGCAGGAACAUGGGAGGGGGGAGUCGCACACGUCUUCUCAUCUCCUUAUUCAUGGAUCAGAUGGAGAGCAGCUUGACUUCACUGCCAGAUGGAUUCUGCUCAGCACAUUCACUCACCUUCUCUUUUUAUUACCUCUUCUGUUUCCUCUCUCUCUCUCUCUCUCUCUCUCUCUCUCUCUCUUUCUCUCUCUCAUCUCCCCCAUUGGUCCCUGUUGGACUGAGAGGCCACUCCUUAAUAGACUUGUCUUUACGGGACACAACUGGUGCUCGAUGAGCUCCACGUGAUUAUUUUUUUUCUAAUCGGCGUCAUUAUGGAUUUGCAGACUGUUGGUGUGUUUUGUUUUUUGUUUGUUUGUUUUUGGGGGUUUUUUUUUGUUUGUUUUUUGUUUAGUUUUGUUUUUUGAACCACGGACAAGACGCUGAGAAAGUCUCAGCUUAGGACAGUGAUGACCCUGAGGGGACCAACAUGCGCACACAUACACACACACACACACACAUACACACAAGGCCACAGACGCUUUCCUGCUUCUCUCUCUCUCUCUUUUGCGUCCUCUCCUCCUCUCUUAUAAGCCCAUCCCCUUUCCCCUUUACAGAUAUGUGUAUUUUAUUUAGAAAGAUUUUAUUCUUGGCAUAUACAGAAACAACGCAUUAUGAAACGGAGUGUGUCCUUACCGUUGGGAAGGCCACGCCCCUCUAUGUAUAUAUGUGUACACAUGUAUUAGGGUUAUCAUGUUGGGGUGCAAGUGUGUAUGUCUGUGUGAUCAAAUAUGAAUUGUGUGUCUGUGUGAGUGAGGGUUUUUUUCGUGCUUUUCCCUUUGUUGCUUUUUAGGUGGAUUUGUAGUGAGAGGUUGAUGGGAAAUGCAGUUUUUUUUUUUUUCUCUGAAAGUCGCACCAUAUACACUUUUUACGACCAUGUUCCCUCGUUUAAAGAAAUAGUUUGGUGAAAUUUGGACGAUUUCUCACCCCAAAGACAUGUUUGGGGUCUGAUGUUUGCAGCUUUUUUUUUUUGUUUGUUUGUUUUGUUUUGUUUUUUGGAGUUCUGAGAUAAUGGAAGGCCAUGGGCAGGAUUCCCAAGAUGAUGUGUUCAAGUUUUGUUCAUUUUUAUAGAUCACACUAAGUCUCACCGUGUCCUAGUCUGCUUUAUACCACCGCACUGAUGAAUUCUUCAGAAGCUUGCCGAUUAAUAAAUCAGUAACAGGUUUAUAUUAAUGCACUCGUUCUGACAUGUAAUCGUUUCUAUAGUAACAGUUCAUUCACUCGUAUGAUCGACGCUUCAUGUAAUCUGAGGGUGCUUUCACAUAUGCAGUGUUUAGUCCACCUGAAUCGAACUCUAGUGUGUUUUCUUCUUUAGUCCGGUUCCGAGACCAUCUCAGCGAGGUGAUUUCUGUCUGCUUCCAGUCAAACUCUUCGAGGUCGAUUCGAUCCAACGGCAGGAAGUGAGUUUUAAAUUGCGGUUUUGAUGUUUUUUUUUCUGUAGACAUGAACUGCUAAAAUGAGUUGCAAACCAUGGCAAAGGACAGAGCUGUAGCGCUGCGGAAAUGCGAUGUGCUCUGGAGAUUUUGACUGAACAAAAAGAGAAAAUAAAUCCCAGAGACGAUACACAAAAUGUUUUCAAAUAGUUGUUUAUAUAAUUAUCUAGUAAUAUAUUGAAUGCAGCUGUUGUGUGUGUGUGUGUGUGUGCUCAGAUUAUGUUUUGUGAAUUCUACACACACCACACAGUAAAGUUCUGUUUAAUUUCUCAGCACCGUAUUUCUGACCAAUUAAAGAAAGAAAGAGCGCUUUACACGUUUUCUUUUUUUCCUCAGCGCUACACACCCGUUGUUAUCUGGUUUACUCAGUUGCGUACAGUGAGAAAACAAAACAAACCAAAAGUUUCACAUUUCACUCUGAUUUGAAUUCAGCAAACAGACUAAUAGCUGUGAAAGCACAUCUAAUAAUAAAUGGAUUAAGAAAAAGUUAUUAUUUAAUAAAGAAAAGCGUAUUUCCGUAUAGAGAUGUUUAUGUAACAUUUAUUGGAAGGAGUCUCCAGUGCCAGCAUUUUGUAACAAUCAGUAAGUCUUCAGGACAGAGGACUUUUGUGCUUUCUGGUUUCUCUAACAUAAGCUGUGUUUUUUUUGUCUUUUUAACUUCAGAAGAGAAGCUGGUGAGGGAAUGACUGUUUAUAGCUGCUAUAACGUAAGAGAGAACAGGAACUUACUUGUCUCAUAGAUGUAUUAUAUAAUUAAAUAUAAGUACAAACAGUUCAAAAGGAUGACGUCCUGCUCAUUGAUGAAUUGAAAAUCCCACCACCCAGUGUGGAUUAUUUUCCUAUAACAGCAUGGCCUGUAGCGUAUUAUUAUUAUUAUUAUUAUUAUUAUUAAUGACUUAUCAUUUUCAUUUCUAAUACGACGCUACACUGGCUUCAUGGUUUCAGAACUAACUUUUCACCAAACUAUUCCUUUAAGCUGCAGGUAACUAGCAGGAGGGACUAAAGGGUGGCACGGCUUCAAGAGGGGCUUCAGUAUGCUAGAGAAAGAGUGUGUGUGUGUGUGUGUGUGUGUGUGUGUGUGUGUGUGUGUGUGUGUGUGUGUGUGUGUGUGUGUGUGUGUGUGUGUGUGUGUGUGUGUGUGUGUGUGUGUGUCUGUCUGACUGAACUGAAUGUAUGGCAUUACCUCUGUUAAGUCUGUUCAGAAUGGUGCUCUUACAGUCGACGGGCUCAGCGCUGAUUACGGUUGUCGUUAAGAAGCGGUGUGGCUUGUAGGCAUGUGCCAGUAUUAUCCGAACAAAUUCCUAACCCAAUUAUGGGAUUCCCUUCUUUGAGACGGCUCUUUCAAAUCUCCCUGAAGUAAGAAUCCAAGAUAACAGUAAUUUGUGCAUUAAAUUGUCACAAUAUGUUGUAAAAGUGAUAACUGGCACAUGCCUAGUGGCUUGCGUUCUAAUUCUCCCUUUAUUUUAGUAUUUUCUUGACAAUUAUUUGCCCUAAGAGACUGGAAUUGUGUGUGACUGGUGUGUGUGAGUGACUGGUGUGUGUCAGUGAGGUUUGCUGGUUUGUCUGUCGAGAUUUUCUUGAGUUCCGCUCCUUUAUUUUUUUUUUUUUUUUUCUACUUGUUACCCGUUUCAUUAUUUCUAAAUCUGUGAGUUGUCUGGCCUUGCAUGUGAAGUGUACAGUGUGUCGUCGUUCAGGAAGCCCACGGCAGCACUGCAACACUCGCGCACACGCAGGCUUUCAGCGAACGAACGAGCGUAUGAUUGCACAACAACAUAAACACAAGUGCUCGGGCUACAAAGAUCCUCGGAGGGUUUGGACGCCUCGGGCCCUGUAUCUCAGACAGGGACAGGGACAGGGACCUCACAGACGCCAGGCAGAGAACAUUGUCCUGACCACGGCACAUUCGGAGCAUCACAGAUGUCGACUUACCCACAAUCCCUUUCUUGAUCCCCUGCCAGCCCCCCUUAUGGACAUGAAACUCUGAAAUCAUGGAAUGAUUGAACAUUUUCAAAAGGUUUUCUUUUUUAUGACAAGCUUCACCACCUUUUUGUUUUGUUUUUUUUUUUUUUUGUUUGUUUGUUUUAUCCCCUUAUUUGUAUUUUUCUUAGUGUUUUAUUUUAUACUUUUUCCCAUCCCUCUUCACUCCCUGCCAGCAGAGGGCGCUGGGCUCCGUUGGCACAUCUGCGUUACGGCCAAAAGGAUUCUGUAUAAAAGUGGAUUUAAAAAAAAUAAAUAAAUUAAGAACUGUGUAGUGACCUAUGGAUCCUGACGCGCUGUACCUAAACGUUUUCAUCUCCUUUAACCUGCUCCCCUUCAUCCGGUCAGGAUUCUGCUGUAAAUAAACGUGACUCUAACUGUA